AUGCGUCGAUUAACCACACUCCCCAGAUUACGCCCAUUAUCAGGGCGUGUGUCUUACACGCCUUUAUCGCGAUUACGAGUGCAAUUGCUGUCCUCGACGCCAACGCGAAACUGUUCAUGCUCCGAUCCGCAGUCCGGUGACAAUGCCGCAAAAACAACCGCACCCUCCAACCCCGAUUAUCGAGCUCUAGGAUCAGACCUCUUCACUUCCUCCGUCUACAGUCCUGGAUCGCCGUUAUUCCUCCCCAACGGUACACACAUAAUCAACAAACUCGUCUCCUUCCUCCGCGCACAAUACCAACAGUAUGGUUUCCGUGAAGUCCUCACUCCGACUAUCUACAAGCGUUCAUUGUGGGAGAUUUCGGGACACUGGCAGAACUAUAAGGAUGAUAUGUACGAGGUGCGCGGGCGAGGGGCGACCGGCGAAACGGACGGCGAACUGGGCGAGGAUGAAUCGUAUGGCUUGAAGCCAAUGAACUGCCCGGGCCAUUGCCUUAUGUUCAAGUCGCAGAACCACUCAUACCGUGAACUCCCUGUGCGCUAUGCCGAUUUCAGUCCGCUCCAUCGCAAUGAAGUGUCUGGUUCUUUGAGUGGGCUUACUCGCGUGCGCCGUUUCCACCAAGACGAUGGCCAUAUCUUCUGUCGGCCGCAGCAGAUCAAGCAGGAGAUUGCGUCCGCAUUGGGAUUUGUGGAUUUGGUUAUGACUACAUUUGGCCUGGGGCCUUAUCGACUCGUGCUGUCGACACGACCGGAGAAGGACUUUAUUGGGAGUCUGGAUCUGUGGAAUAGCGCUGAAGAUCAGCUGCGCGAGGCUCUGGAUAGCAGCGGUCACGAGUGGGCGUUGAAUGAAGGGGAUGGUGCGUUCUACGGGCCCAAGAUUGAUAUCCAGCUUCAGGACCAGGCGGGCAAGUAUCACCAAUUGUCCACCAUCCAGCUUGAUAUGAACCUGCCUCAGCGGUUCAAGUUGGAAUAUCAGGUUGCUGAGGGUGAGGAGGACUACAACCCUGCGACCCCGGGGAAGGCGACUCCGGUUCUCAUUCACCGGGCCAACUUUGGAUCAAUCGAGCGGUUUUUGGCCUUGCUGAUCGAGCAAUACGCCGGUCGCUGGCCAUUCUGGCUGUCGCCACGUCAAGGCAUCAUCUUGACUGUCAACCAGGACGAGGCAGUGGUCAAGCAGGCACAUGAAGCUGCUGCAAAGAUCUCUGGUUUCCGGCCUUUGCUUUCAGACAAUGCCUCUACUGCUUCGCCACCUAAGCCUCUAUCGUCCGUGAAUUCGACCUUCCUGAUCGACGUGGACACUAGUCCUCAGACGCUGGGAAAGAAGAUACAACGAGCCAAACAGAUGAAAUACAACUUCAUCUUCAUUCUGGGGUCGAAAGACAUUGCGGAUUCCAGCAUCACGGUUGAUGUGACUGGUCAGAUGCAGAGCCCGCCGGAGGGCAAUGCGCAGAUAUUCCAGGAAGUGGCGGGUCGGCAACUGGGCGAGUCUUUACAGAAUCCUCGGGCUAUGAAGUUGAAGGUCGAUCAGGUGCAUGAUCUGCUGGUUCAGUUGGAGAAGCAUUUCCUUUAA